UAUAAAUAGAGGAACAAGAAAACAAAACCUUAACCUCAACCCACAGUUAGUACAAAAAAGGGUUACUUCAGCUUCCACAUAUCUUGAAGAAUUGAUCAAUGGGCAAGUCUGUAGUUGAGAAGCUACUUUGGAUGGCAAUUGUGUGCUUGGUGCUGGGUGUAAUUUCCAUUACUCCCAAGGCCCAAGCAGCAGUGACAUGCAACCAGGUGGUGAGCAACCUCACCCCAUGCAUUUCUUAUGUGCUCAAUGGUGGCAAAGCCGUGCCUGGCCCUUGCUGCAAUGGGAUCAAGACCCUCUUUAACCUCGCUCACUCCACACCAGACCGCCAAACCGUUUGCAAGUGCAUAAAGAACGCUGUUAGUGCGUUCCAUUAUGGCAAGUCCAAUGUGGACCGUGCUGCUGCUCUUCCUAAGCAGUGUGGGGUUAACAUUCCUUACCAGAUCAGCCCUUCCACCGACUGUACCAGAGUGCAGUGAGGUUAAUGAUAUAUGGAGCGGUAACUCGAGAAGAGAAGGAUAUACAAUAUAUAGCUAGUGUGUGAAUAAGUGGCUAUACGUAGGCCACACAUUACAAUGACUGGUGGCUGCUUAUUAUUACAUCCAUCAACUAGUCUUGUUAUUGAGUUAUUGUAUUUUUUUUAUUUGUAAGAAUCAAAAAUAAUAUUAAAGAUUUAUAAUAAUUUAUGGAUCUUAUUCAACCAAUUCCAUUAAACACCCUUUUAAGUCAUGUA